AUGGGAACAACUGAUGUUGAGUGUGAUAAUCAUGAACACAGUGAAGUCGACAAAAGAGUUAAACUCAUUCUCGUCGGUGAUUCAAAUGUUGGCAAAUCCAGUUUAGUUAGAGCAUUCACUACAAAACCAACUGAUUUGGACUCUUCAUCUACUAUUGGAACAGAUUUAAAAUUGCAUGAAAUGUGGGUCGAUGGUCAGUUAGUGAAACUUUAUAUUUGGGAUACAGCAGGCACAGAAAGAUUUAAAAAUACUUUGACUCCAUCAUACUUCCGUCAUGCACAAGGUGCUUUAGUUGUUUAUGAUGUUGGCUGCCAAAAAAGUUUUGAUGAAUUGAAAACUUGGCUGAAAAUGGUUGAACAUCAUUCAGGCUCAAGGAUAAUUAAAUUAAUUGUUGGAAAUAAAAUUGAUUUACCUGCACGAGCUGUUGCUGUUCAAAAAGCUGAAGAAUACGCACAAAGUGUCAGUUGUACUUAUUUAGAAACAAGUGCGAAAAGUAGAGUGAAUGUAAAAGAAGCAUUUGAAACACUAGUUAAAAUGAUUCUUGAAAAGCAAGCAACUGAAGUACGCAUUAAAGAGACACGUAUUGUUCUUCAUGAGAAGUCGAAUGCACGCAAAUCACGGUGUUGUCAUCAUUAA